CAGUGGGAAUCGUGUAAAGGCUGUUCACUCCUGUAACAUACACUCAUCACCACAAUAAUGGGAAAGGUCAGUCUGGAGGAUAAUGAUACCAAUGAAAAAAAAAACGAGUUUAAUUUAGUGCGGGUCAAAGGGACCUGGAAGCGCAAACUGGGAAAGAAGGUCAGUAAUGACACAGCUGACUGUGUCUCUGCUGCAAAAAUCUAUGAGAGCAUCACAGAAAAUGGCACCAGUUGGACAGUGGUCAGCCCCAUCGUCUUUACUUACAAGGUAACUGAGACCCGGAACUUGCUGGAUCCAAGCAACGACACACUGCUGCUGGGCCACAUCACUGACCCGAAAGAGCUGGAGGGCAUUAAAAAAUCAAACAAGCUAAUCAAACGCUUUGUGGUCAUCGACCAAGAAGUCUACGAAAUCUAUGGCCCCAAAAUAACUGAAUAUUUUCAGGCCAACAAUGUCCUGUAUAAGAUCUUGGCUCUCCCCACCACUGAGGAGAACAAAUCCAUGACAAUGGCCUUGAAGAUCCUAGAAGAGGUCAACAACUUCUCCCUUGACCGCCGCACAGAGCCCAUCAUCGCCAUUGGUGGAGGGGUGUGCCUGGAUAUAGUGGGCCUGGCUGCCUCACUCUACAGAAGACGCACCCCUUACAUUAGGGUCCCAACCACACUGCUCUCCUACGUUGAUGCCAGUGUGGGAGCAAAGACAGGGGUCAAUUUUGCAAACUGCAAGAACAAGCUGGGUGCCUACAUCCCACCUGCCGCCGCCUUCCUUGACCUGUCCUUCAUACAAACUGUUCCACGACGACACAUCUCCAAUGGGCUAGCAGAGAUUUUAAAGAUGGCCUUGAUGAAACACAGAGGCCUCUUUGAGCUUCUUGAGACACACGGCCGUAUGCUGUUGGACACUAAAUUCCAGGCUGACAACAGUGUAUACGGAUGCAACUGCUUACAGGUUGCAUCGCAAGCAACUCAUAUAGCCAUCGUAACCAUGUUGGAGGAACUUGCCCCAAACCUUUGGGAGGAUGACUUAAAUAGACUUGUGGACUUCGGGCACCUGAUCAGCCCAGCAUUAGAGAUGAAGGUCCUCCCAUCUCUGCUGCAUGGUGAGGCAGUAAACAUUGAUAUGUCUUACAUGGUUUACGUGUCCAAAGAGAGUGGUCUAUUGACAGAAGAUGAAAAGCAAAGAAUCAUCAGCUGCAUGGUGGGCUUGGAGCUGCCUGUCUGGCAUGAAGCGUGUACUAUGGAGCUCAUACAGAAGUCUCUGCAGGACAGGCUGAAGCAUUCGGGAGGCCUGGUCAGAAUGCCUCUGCCUAUUGGUCUUGGGGAAGCAGAAAUCUAUAAUGAAGCAUCUUGUGAGAUUUUGCACAGAGCUUAUGCAAAAUGGUGUGAUGAGCUGAGUGUCUCCGCAGACAGAAACUGUGACUCCUAACCUGCCCGUAUCACAACUGCAUCUGUCAAUCUGGUUUUAAGAGAAAAUGAUUACAUUUUGUAGGGAGGUGUAAUAUGUACUUCUGGUUUCAUACCCUAGUCAUUGUUCAUAUUGACGUCCUCUAGUCAACAGUCAUUGUUCAGAUUGAUGGCAUUCACCUCCAGUAUUUUCACAAUAUGGCAACAAGAGCCAAAUGUGGGGUAACCAUAUUAGGUAAAGCACUGCUAAAGUUUAUUUAUAAGGCUUCUGUUCAGCAUGUGUUCUUACCUCUUUGCAAAUAGUGGCAAUACUAAAUAAUGCCAAAGGUGUCAGUGAACUUCAAAGGCAUGUAAAACAGAUCAAAUUAGAAAAGAUUGUAAGAGUUGACACUUUUUUUGUUACUGAACAUCAUGUGGGCUAUAAAUAGCACCAACUGAAAGUAUUAACAAGCAGCCUGCAGACUUCUCUUAUUAUGUGUGUCAAAUAUAUUUGUAAACA